AUGCCAGCUGGGCGUCCAGUUCGACGCUUCCGAACCUAUGCGAUUCUAGCCAUCUUCGUUUUGGCGUUUCUCUGGUACAACCAUCACCGUUCACAUCGCCUUUCAAACUCGCCCUUCUACCGCUAUGAAGCUGUCGACUGGUCUCGAUACGCAUACGUGCAGUAUGCGACCUCCAGCGCAUAUCUCUGCAACUCCAUCCUGAUAUUCGAGGCUCUGCACCGGCUCGGGAGCCGCGCAGAACGGGUUCUCUUCUAUCCCGAGGAAUGGGAUACUUUGAUCGAGAGUGCAACAGAUCGUAACAGCCAACUACUAGUUCUUGCGCGGGACCAGUACAAUGUACAACUUAUGCCGAUCGAUGUACAAUUUGUCAGGGGUGGCUCAAACGAUGUGGAUUCUUGGGAUAGUAGCAUCACGAAGCUCCUCGCAUUUAGCCAGACCCAGUACGACCGCGUAUUGCAUAUUGAUUCUGAUGUUACCAUCCUACAAGAGAUGGACGAUCUCUUCUUCCUGCCUCCAGCGAAAGCGGCAAUGCCUCGGGCGUAUUGGGAAUACGCACAGACUAGGAAGCUGACUUCCCUUCUUAUCUUGAUUGAGCCUUCCUAUCGGGAAUAUAAAGCCCUCAUGGAUGCUGCCCAACCGAUCAUCGCUGGCCAAGUUGGCGCGGGUCAAGCGGCCCCAGAUAACGAGACGACAGAAGUGCGAUACGACAUGGAAUUGCUGAAUGAUCGCUACGGCGAUUCUGCCAUGGUCCUUCCCCACAGGCAAUAUGGUCUCGUCACGGGAGAGUUCCGGACGAAGGAUCACAGAGCCUAUCUCGGAAAUGAAUACGAGACUUGGGAUCCAGACAAGGUCCUCAAAGAAGCCAAGCUCGUUCAUUUCUCUGACUGGCCGCUACCUAAACCCUGGAUAAUGUGGCCGCAAAAACUGUUGGCAGAGAUGCUUCCCCGAUGUGACAAUAAGCCAGGUACGCCAGAAGAGAGCGGGUGCCGCGACCGAGAAGUAUGGAGAGAGUUGUAUGAAGAUUUCCGAAGAAGAAGAAAGGACAUCUGCAAGCUGCUUAGUUACCCUGCUCCGGAUUGGCCACCGAGGAACCAAGCGGAAUAG